AUGCUUGAUUACUGUAACACCUGUGUUCCCCCCCAGGUGACGCUGCUCUUCAACGACUCUCAGGUGUUCCCCCCGGUGACUUUGGGCAGUGAGCGGCAGCGGCACCGUCUGACCUCUCUGACCCCCGGCAGGAUCUACAAGGUCGUGGUUUCGACCUUCAGCGGGAAGAACCAGAGAGCGUCCUCCAUCAAGGGUCGCACAGUCCCCAGUGCGGUGGGGAACCUCCACGUCUCCCCUCGCUCCGUGGGGGGUCUGACGGUGUCCUGGACCCCCGGAGACGGAGACCUCGACCUCAUCAUCGUCACUUUAUCCACCACCAGUGGAAACAUCCUCCAAACUCGACGCGUCCCGAAAUUUGCUUCCUUUCUGGACUUCCUGGAUCUGACUCCAGGCCAUGCUUACACCGUCACCGUCCAAUCACUGAGCGGCACGCUGACCAAUAGCAACGCAGUAACCGGCAGGACGGCUCCGGCUCGUGUCACGGCGCUUCAGGCGGAUAACGAUCACACCACCCACAGUCUGACGGUCCAAUGGGAGCGUCCGCUCGGCAUCUACGACAGCUACGCUCUGCAGCUAUUGGACGAGGCCGGAGCUCUGCUGGCCAAUCAGACGGUCUCUGAGGAGAAACGCAGCCAGCGCUUCGUGGGUCUGACGUCCGGCCGCUGGUACAAAGUGAAGGUCGUGACCCUUAGCGGGGGUCAAAGGUCGCUGGAGGCCACGGCCGAGGGACAAACACGCCCUGCUGCCGUCAGUAACCUCUCGGUGUCAGCCCUCAACUCGUCUUCGCUCUCCUUCUCGUGGCGUCCGUCCGACGGACACGUGGACGUCUAUCACCUGUCACUCUACAGCGUCGCCGAGGCAACAGCCAAUCAGAGAGAGGAGUCUGCUGGAAGCAGGAAGGAGCCUCAGCAGCCGGUGUGUGUGCAGACUCUCCCUCCGGCUGCGGACAGGUGUGUGUUCUCCGGGCUGACAGCAGGAAGUCUGUACCGGCUGCAGGUGGAGAGCCGGAGCCGAGAGAUGAGCAGCGACAGCGCCCUGCUGGCCAGGACCGUCCCCUCCCCGGUCUCCUCUCUGGAGGUUCAGAGUUCAGGACGGACCGACAGACUGACGCUCGGCUGGAGGAGAAAUGAAGGAGGCUGCAGCAGAUACCAG